GCAGUAGCAGGAAGUGACAUGAAGAAGGAAGGAGCCUCUGAUUGGUGUGACUGAGAUUGCAUACACAGAAAAAGGUACCUGGAAAUAAGCAGCAGCAUGACAGCCCAGAUGGAGUAAGGGAUCAUUAGUCACUGUGCUCACCGGCUUGAGAAAAGGUGUUCCAGCAUCAGUGGAGCAGUAUGCAUUGGUGAUGCAGUGACAGAUAUCUGAGACCUGCACGCAGAGAGAGCAGAUGCUCUCUGGCUAUAAACACCUCCACACUGAGAAGACGCUUCCUGUACUGUGAGCCAGCUGAACGUAAGAAAUGACAGAGACCUCUCUGUUUGUUUGCUUCCUUUGGAGGAAAGAACACAGACACUGUAAUGGAGCCUUUCCAAGUAUUGAGUUUCCUACUGUUUGCACUGCUGUCCUUGGGAAAUUGCUCUGACACCAACAAGCAGAAGAAAGACACUGCAUUUGAAAUCUAUAAAAAGCUAUUUGAGGUGAAGAGGAAGGAUCAGAUCAAUGCCCUCAAUAACCUGAUUGAACUAAAUGAUGUAAACCAGCAGUACAAGAUUAUCGACAUCAUGGUAAAGGGGCUUUUCAAGGUACUGGAAGACUCCCGAGCUGUUCUUAUUGCAGCAGGAAUACAGCCUGAUGGUCCAUUCCCUGAAGAUGAGAAAAUUAAAGACGCUUAUUCGCACACAGUGGAGAAUUCAGCAUUCUUUGGUGAUGUUGUUCUACGAUUCCCCAAGAUUGUUCACCAUUAUUUUGAUCAGAAUUCGAACUGGAACAACCUGAUUCGGUGGGGCAUUGGCUUUUGCAAUCUCAGUGGCAUUUUUGAUGAUGGUCCACAUUCCCAGCUACUUGGCCUGAUGUCUCAGGAGUUGGGCAUCAGCGAAAAGUCCCCUGAUUACCGCAAUCCUUUCAAGACUGAUAAUAUGGAGUUUUUGCCAAAUACGGAUGCUUUUCAGAAAGCUUUGAGAGAAGAGGAGAAGAGAAGACGAAAGGAAGAGAAAAGGAAGGAAAUCCGAAAAGGUCCUCGGAUAACUCGCUCUCGGUCGGAGUUAUAACGCUGAGAGAGCGAAAUAAUGUGUGCAUGUUGCUGGUCUCUGGAAUGCCUUACAGGAGUAAUACACGUGCCAACAACACAAUUCCUUGGUAACAGCAGAGUUUGGGAAACCUAGGUCUGUUAUAGCAAUGAAUGUAGCAGCAACAUUAAUAAAGAAGGCUUAACCAACCA